AUUCUUGGGCCCUCUGUCCCAGUCCCUUGGGCAGGCCUCCGGGGCUGUCGGAUCCAGGGAUUCCAGGUCUACAUCUGGCGGCCGGAGAGAGAGGGGAAGAGAGAGAGAGAGAAGGCAGCCCACAACCCAGGUUAGCCUCUGUAGAACCUACAGGUCUUGGGCUUCAGAGUAGAUUGGUGCUGCCCAUUGGACAAGGCUUGAAGAAUCCAGCCUUAUUCUCCACAGAGGAUUUCUACACCCACCGGCCCCUGAAACUACAUUUCCCAGCAGGCCAGAGGCCAGAACUGACGCACUUCCUCCCGACGUUCCCCCGCAACAGGAAGUAGCCGAGUGGGCUCGAGGCUGACGCGACCAUCCUUCGUCAUCGCCGCUGCCGCUGCCGCUGCCUGGAGAGGACCCGUCGCGGCUGUACCUGCCGCCCCUGCCGGCCACCAUGUCCGCCCAGGCGCAGAUGCGGGCCCUGCUGGACCAGCUCAUGGGCACGGCCCGGGACGGAGAUGAAACCAGACAGAGGGUGAAGUUUACAGAUGACCGAGUCUGCAAGAGUCACCUUCUGGAUUGCUGCCCCCACGACAUCCUGGCUGGGACGCGCAUGGAUUUAGGAGAAUGUACCAAAAUCCACGACUUGGCCCUCCGAGCAGAUUAUGAGAUUGCAAGUAAAGAAAGGGACCUGUUUUUUGAGUUGGAUGCAAUGGAUCACUUGGAGUCCUUUAUCGCUGAGUGUGAUCGGAGAACUGAGCUUGCCAAGAAGCGGCUGGCAGAGACACAGGAAGAGAUCAGUGCAGAAGUUUCUGCAAAGGCAGAAAAAGUACAUGAGUUAAAUGAAGAAAUAGGAAAACUUCUUGCCAAAGCUGAGCAGCUGGGAGCAGAAGGAAAUGUGGAUGAAUCCCAGAAAAUUCUUAUGGAAGUGGAGAAAGUCCGCGCAAAGAAAAAAGAAGCUGAGGAAGAAUACAGAAAUUCCAUGCCUGCAUCCAGUUUUCAGCAGCAGAAGUUGCGUGUCUGUGAAGUCUGCUCAGCCUACCUUGGUCUCCACGACAAUGACCGUCGUCUUGCAGACCACUUUGGGGGCAAAUUGCACUUGGGAUUCAUUCAGAUCCGUGAGAAGCUUGAUCAGUUGAGGAAAACCGUGGCAGAAAAGCAGGAGAAGAGAAAUCAGGAUCGCUUGAGGAGGCGAGAAGAGAGGGAGCGGGAGGAGCGGCUCAGCAGGAGGUCUGGAUCAAGAACCAGAGAUCGCAGGAGGUCACGUUCCCGGGACCGGCGUCGGAGGCGGUCAAGAUCUACUUCCAGAGAACGACGAAAGUCUUCCCGGUCCUGGUCCCGAGACAGACACCGACGCCACCGCAGUCGUUCCCGGAGCCACAGCCGGGGCCACCGCCGGGCUUCCAGGGACCGGAGUGCGAAAUACAAGUUCUCCAGAGAGCAGGCAUCAAGGGAGGAGUCCUGGGAGCGAGGGCGGAGUGAGCGCCGGGCCGCCGACUGGAGGCUUGAGAGCUCCAACGGGAAGACAUUGGAGGAGAAGGAGGCUGGCGAGAUCUGAGUCUGUGCCCAGGCACUGUAAAUAGUCUGGUAAAUGUUCGACACAGCUUGAAGUUACCCUUUAUAUUUGCUGAAUACAACUCAUCUUUUGUAGUUUAAAAUUUCUAUUGUUUUGGAGCUAGCUGUGAGUUUCUAGAGAUGUACAAAAUUGCUCCUGUGUUUUUGGGUUACGUUUAGUAGGAAUAAAUAAAUCUGACAGACUGCCUCCUGA